AAGCGCUUAGUAGAAGCGUUUCGUCCACUCAGUUUCGUCCCCUCUCUCUCUCAGCCUAACACCUUCGAAACCCUAACCCUAAUUGCGAUUAAUUCGCCUGUUCGUCCGAGGAUUCAUCAACCUUCUCUGGCAAAAAUCUCCAUCCCGCGUUAAAUAUGGAUCUGUAAUCUGUCGCGCACUUUACAGAGUCCGUGUAACUUUUUGCUAGAGACGCUGAUCGAUCUGAAGGGGCGGUGGCUCUUGCUCGUUCGUGAAGCUUCAAGUACGUGCGGAUUUCUCCGACUCAACCGAUCAAUUGCUGCGGUUCGACAUCUGAAGGAAGGAAGGGGCUUUCUCGAUCGUCGACAUGUUCUGUCAGAUCUGAUCGAUAUCGCCACGGUCGAUGUGCUCAAAGUCUCCUCAACGAUUUCACUUAUCGUGAAAAACUCACCUGUUCGAUACCUUGUGAUCGAAGACUACGGUUCAAAGAGAUUGACGGUGCUGAAAAGGAUUGCUGAUUUGGUUUGAUCUUCUCGAGCCAUUGAAGAUUUAGAAAAAAAAAAAAAGGGAAAAAGAGUUGUGUUGGUUGUACUGUUAGAUAUUGUUGUUGGAGUUCAAUCUCAGGCCUUUAUUACUUUUGGUAUCGCAGCCCCUGAUUUUUUUAGGGCCUUUGUUUGUGCUUGAUUGAUCUGUGUUUGUUCUUAAGAGGAGAGGGGAAAAGAAAUUUCAAUAUGGCAGUUUAUUAUAAGUUUAAAAGUGCAAAAGAUUACGACUCAAUUGCUAUCGACGGUCAUUUCAUAUCAGUUGCCAAUUUGAAAGAAAAAAUUUUUGAAUCCAAGCAUUUGGGCAGGGGUACAGAUUUUGACCUCGUUGUCACCAACGCCCAGACUAACGAAGAGUAUCUUGAUGAGGCAAUGUUGAUUCCCAAAAAUACAUCUGUUUUAAUUCGUCGAGUUCCAGGACGUCCUCGCAUGACCAUAGUUACAGAACCAGUUAUUGAACAAGACGAGCCUAUUUUGGACACUAACAAGUCAGAUGAUGGUCAAGCAGCAAAGAGUAGUUUUGUAGGAGCUGAUUCAUCUCUCAUGCACUAUCCAGAAGAUUCAGAAUGGGAUGAAUUUGGAAAUGAUUUGUAUGCGAUUCCCGAGGUUUUACCAAUGCAAGCUAGCAAUCCAAUUCAGGAUGCUUCCCCUCCCAGUAAAGCCGACGAGGAAAGUUUGAUCAAAGCUUUAAUUGACACCCCGGCCCUGGAUUGGCAGCGUCAAACUUCUGAUGGCUUUGGACCUGGUAGAGGUUUUGGACGGGGUAUGGGUGGAAGGAUGAUGGGCGGACGUGGUUUUGGUCGAGGUGGGCUGGAGCGGAAGAUGCCUCCACAGGGCUAUAUAUGUCACAGGUGUAAGGUUCCUGGGCAUUUUAUUCAGCACUGCCCCACAAAUGGAGAUCCGAAUUAUGACAUCAAAAGAGUGAAACCUCCUACUGGUAUUCCUAGGUCUAUGUUAAUGGCAACUCCAGAUGGCUCAUAUGCAUUACCGAGUGGAGAUGUUGCUGUCUUGAAGCCAAAUGAGGCUGCGUUCGAAAAAGAAAUUGAAGGAAUGCCUUCAACUCGUUCUGUUGGUGAUCUUCCACCUGAACUUCACUGUCCGUUAUGCAAAGACGUUAUGAAGGAUGCGGUGCUGACAAGCAAGUGCUGCUUCAAGAGCUUUUGUGAUAAAUGUAUAAGAGACUACAUAAUAUCUAAGUCAAUUUGUGUCUGUGGGGCUACAAACAUACUAGCAGAUGAUCUUUUGCCUAACAAGACUCUCAGAGAUGCAAUUAAUAGGAUUUUGGAUUCCAAUAACAGCAGUGCAGAAAAUGCUGGCAGUGCUUGCCAAGUCCAAGAUAUGGAGUCUAAGAUUCCUCAGCUUGAGAUGGAACCUAGGGUUCCGUCCCCUUCACUUUCUGCAACUUCAAAGGGAGAGCAAGUACCAACAGCUAAAAGUGAAGAGAUUUUUAAAGUAAAAGAGAGUACAGACGAGGGAAAGGCUGUCAGUGCUCCUUUCAAGAGCUCGGAGAAAGGGAAGAUGGGAAAAGUUCCAGAUGCUUCUGAGGCUACACACGAUUCUAUUAGUGUGAAAGAACCUGCAUCUCAGGGGAGUGCUCCUCUGGCUGAUGAAGAUGUACAGCAGAGGCCAGUUUCUGGUGAGGCAGGAAAGAAAAAGAAAAAGAAGAAAGCUCGUUUGCCUAUGAAUGGUUUGCCUGCGAAUGCUGCGGACAUGCAAUGGAAAUUUCCCCAAGACAACCUUGCAGCUGACAACUAUAAUAUGAUGCCUUUGGGGCCUUCUCCGUAUAAUCCAUUUUGGAGUGGCAUGCAACCUGGCAUGGAAUAUGCAGCCCCAUAUGGGGGUUCCCUGCCAUAUAUGGGUUAUGGACUUGGACCUUAUGACCUUCCAUUUGGCGUCUUACCUCAGGACCCAUUUGGAGCACAAGGUUUUAUGAUGCCUCCUGUCCCCCCGCACAGGGAUCUUGCCGAUUUUGGGAUGGGCGUCAAUGCCGGACCCCCCGUUAUGAGCAGAGAAGAAUUUGAAGGUCGAAAAGCUGAUCUUCAAAGGAAGCGUGAAAUUGAAAGACGAGGUGAAAGCAGGGAAUUCUCCAAAGAUCGGGAGUUCAGUUGGGAAGUCAGCAGUAGUGCAGACUUUUCUUCAUUGAAAUCCAAAUCUAAGUCGGCGUCCAUUCCAGCACAAGCAUCGAGCGGCGAGCACCAUCGCCGCCGCCACCGAUCUGAGAGGUCGUCGCCGGAACUCGUAGCCCGCGACUCCGAAAUUCCUCGCCCUUCCUCCAAGCGGAAGUCGGACUACAAUUACGACCGCGAGUAUGACAACUACCACCACCGCCAUAGCCAUAACCACCGUUCGGAGUCCUCAGCUGGGAGAUCAUCACUAGAACCACCAUCACCACAGCCCAAGUCCACCACCACAACAGCACCAACACUGUCCAAGUCCGCUUCUGCUGCAGCAGAUCGGAAGCAGAAGCCUAGCGUCUUCUCUCGCAUAAGCUUCCCGGCCGAAGAAUCUUCUUCUAAGAAGCGAAAGCUCCCUUCUUCGUUGUCGGACGCACUGGUCGCUUCUUCUUCCGGUCACCACAGUCAUAGCGGGAGGACGACAGCAAAUGGAUACCAUGAGGAUUACACGAAGACGACGUCGUCAUCGAGGACGAGCGCUGCUGCUGCUGAAGUGGAUUACGAGUCUAGUGAGGAGGAUGAGCGGCAUUUCAAGAGGAGGCCCUCGAGGUAUAAGGAGGAGGCGGAGGCGGAGGCGGAGGCGGAGGCAGAGGAGACGCCGAGGCAUUCCAGGGGAUUGAGGGACCGCAAUCAUGGUGGUUACAGCACCAAGCACCACAGAUGAGAUGAGAUGAGGUCAUUGUGGAAUUUAGUAAUAAGUCUCAAACUUGCUCCCAUCCAGUUGCCGGGUGGAGAGAGAAAAUGGAGUACCUCUCUCUCUCUCUCUCUCUCUCUCUCUCUCUCUCUCUCUCUCUCUGUUUUGUGUUUGUGGGUGUGACGGAAAUGGAAAGGGUGUUUUGUGUUUGUGGGUGUGACGGAAAUGGAAAGGGUGUUUUGUGUUUGUAAUCGGGGUGGGGGAAAGGUUUGUGUAGGAAAGGUUUGUCGUCUAUGAGAAAUCCAUGGAAGUAGUAUUCUGUAUUUCCAGUUUGAUUAUGUAAUAAAAUUACUUAUAUUUAAGUUUAUGUUAAAUGGAAAUUCUAUUACUUCUCUCU